UCAAACAACUUCCCUGUUCAGUGACGACGGCAAGUGACAGUGAUCACGGCAAGAUCUAGACAACCGCAAGGAGGGUUCUGUCCUGCUCCCUUCGACCAUUUCCGUGGCUCAGCCGUCUAAUGCAUUUACCUGCUUUCUGCAACCGUCAGUACUCGGAGGAACUGCAGAAGGAAGUGUAAACACCGAUCAGUUUUGACAUGCCAUACUUCCAGCCUUUCAUCGCCUUUGCUGACUUUCCACCACUUCUGCUCUGUUCAUUUUUCAUAAACAAUUGUUUCGAAUGUGAGCAAUGCAGUCCUCACAGAAUGAACGGUCUCACAUUAUGAGGAGCUUGUCCCACUUUUAAUCAACAAAGGAACCCAGAUUUGUAUAUCUGCAGCAAAACCUUUGAUAUCUUCUGAAACAGACUCGAAAUAUACAGUUUCUGUGUCAAAAAGUCCAGAUGCCACUAACGUACUCACAAACAACUGCAGCUGCACAAGUUGCAGAAGUCCGUUGUUAGAUGAGAUCUCUGCAGAUUGAGUGUUGAUGACGCAGAAGGCAGUUGAUAAGGCAUUUUUGUUGAAGACGGAAGAAUUGACAAACAGCAAAGAUGUCAGCGAACACGACCUCUCCCUGCGGAGAAGAAAACUGGAAGAACGAGCUGUUUCUUUAUGCAUUUUUUUAUGGAAUAAUUGUCAUUCCUGGGAUCUUGGGUAACAGUGUGGCCUUGUGGGUCUUAAAUGGGAACAUCAGGAGGGAGAAGAAGGCAAUAAUAUUCAUGAUGAACCUGGCCAUAGCCGACCUGGCACAUAUGUUGACCUUGCCCUUGAGGGUCUUCUACUACAUAACUCGCAGCUGGCCUUUUGGAAAAUUUAUGUGCUUAUUCUGCUUUUAUCUAAAGUUUGUCAACAUGUAUGCCAGCAUCUUAUUUUUAGUUUGCAUCAGCGUUCAGCGCUGUGUUUUCUUAAUCAGUCCUUUUAAGUACAGCACCUGGAAACGUAGGUACGAUGUGGCCAUCAGUAUUACUGGUUGGGUAAUUGUCAUUGUGAUGUGCCUACCAUUCCCCAUCAUGCGGACCACCGAAUCGUUCAACAGCUCACUCUGUUUUGUGGAUCUUCCCACGAAGCAGGUCAUGCUGGGAUCUUCCAUAUUCAUGCUUACAGCAGCAGAAUUACUGGGAUUUUUAGGGCCUCUAAUCAUCAUCGUUGUCUGCACUUGGAAAACUACAGAGUCUCUAAGGGUGAAGUCAACGCUGCCCAAUAACCAAGGUGGAAAGAAGGCUUUAAAAUUACUACUGAUGUGUGCAGUGGUGUUCCUGGUUUGCUUUGCUCCCUAUCACAUACUCUUCCCGCUCAACCAGCUCAGAAAGAUGAACUUCAUCACAGAUUGUUCGAUGAGGAUGAAUAUCGUGAUUCUGCACUCAUUGUCGUUGUGUUUGGCAAGCAUGAAUGCCUGUUUGGAUCCAAUCAUCUAUUACUUUGUCACAAAUGAAUUUCGCGAGCAGUUGUCACGCACAGGUAGCUUCCUUCUGCGAAGUCGCCACUGGAGCAGAGAAAGCACCACCAGUCGGUAAUCUCUGAUGAUCUCAGAUAUUUCCAUUUUGGAGCUCAGGGUCACCUCUCACUCUCUGCCCUGUCUCUGUGCAGAAUGGCAGUAGACUUUUUAGAGAUAGAAAUCAAUACAGUAGGCUGCCAUGUGGAAUGAAUCAUAUUUUCCACCCUAUGCAAGAAAGAUUGCAGCAACUAGCUUUUCUUGCAAGUAGUACUUUAAUAAUUGGCAGAAAAAGUCUUCUUGUUUCCCUUAAGUACUUCAUACUUCAUAUUCUCUCACUAUUAAGCUAAGAUCAAGAAUACUUCUUCUGCAUUCUUUACUUUAAGCUCAAAAUGUAAUGGUCACAUCUGCCAUAGAGUGUGGAAACACACACCUUACUCAGGUUAAAGCAACUGCUCACUCUGGCAGGAAACUUCUUGAUAAAAGAGGCUAGAAUAACAAUUUCUUAAAGACAUUUUGGUGAUAUACUUUUCCAGUGUAAUGCUAUGCACCAGCAGAUUUUCAGCUGCUAUUAGAGUAGUUUACAUUUAGUGUGAGUAGUUGCUGAUAUUGACAGGUGGCUAUUCUGCAAUACUUGAAAUAUGACAUUCAUUAUCAGAUAUGAACUCUCAUUUGCUAUGUGUAUAAGGUUAAGUAGGUUGAUAAUUUGAGAGCUGCAUGUCUCUUGCCACUGGUUUAGUGAUUUGCUCUGGUUAUUUUGCACUCAACGAAUGAAUUAUGAUGCAAUCAAUUAGAUAUUAAUAUUUCUGAUAUGCAAAAAGAGUUUCAACUACAAGGAAGCCACCACAAAACAAAGUUUGCAUUUUUUUCCAUCAUCUGCAUCAGAAAAUGAUAUUUUUGGCAUGUCCCACUCUAGCCCAAAACUGAAAGAGCAUGGGGGUGAAGGAAAUUAACCUGCUACAGUCUCAAUAGUUUCCUCACACGAGCCAGUGGGAAGCUGGAAACAGACAAUGAAAUACGUCAUUUGCAUCAAUGACCAAAAAAGUAUGUAUAUGUGCUGGGGGGCAGCCUGCAAGAAUCACCAAACUUUGGCACCAACAUAACAUGCCCACAGUUUACUAGUCCGAACUGGUACGUCUUCGGCAUGUGGAAGGAUAUUAGAGCAUCCGAAGAUUCCCAUACAGUCCCAGGCAGAGCAUACAAACUCCUUAAAGACAGUGGCAGGAAUUAAACUCCUAUCCCUGAUCAUUAGCACUGUAAAGUGUUACACUAAUUACUACAUUACUGUGUUUAUGUACCCUGCUGAAUUUACAGUAAUGUUUGGGUAUUAGGCUGGUAAGUGUGUAACAGCCCAUCUGGGCAUUGGCAAAAUAUUCCACUGUUAAUGGUGUUUUCUGGACUUCUGACUAGAGCUGGAAUUGUUUCAUUUAAUGGUAAAUCAAUGUAGAACUGGAUAGAAUGUGUAGCACAGAAAUAAAAAUUUGUUUCCACUGAAGGAGAAGAUACAUGCCUAUGUAUUCUCCUUCCACAUAUUCCUUCUUACCUUCUAACAUUCCCCUCACACAUCUUCCACCACUUACUUUCACUAUCAAGAUGGAGCGUUUCCCAAGAGUUACAUUUUCCAAUGGGGGGGAAGUUGAUUUGUAAAAUAAGAUGUGGGAGGGUCAGGGAAUCAGAGUACAAAAUCCCCAUUAGGUUACGGGCACAUCUGCUGGUUUCCCUAUAGCUAAACCAUCAAGUAGGAAUGGGGAAGAAACAAGCAAGUAGACCAUGACUGGAGCAGAAUUAGGCCAUUCGGCCAUUGAGUCUGCUCUGCUAUUCAAUCACUCUCAAACACAUUUUCCUGCCUUCUUCCCAUAAUCUUUGAUGCCCUCACUAAUCAAGCAUCCCAACAACCUCUGCCUUAAAUUACUUGGUCUCCACAGCCAUCUUUGGUAAUGAACUCCACAUAUUCACCAGCUUCUACCUGAAGAAAUUCCUUCUCAUUCCUGUUCUAAAGGGACAUGCUUCUUUUGGGAGGCUGUGCCCACUGGUCCUCGAUUCUCUUAUUAUUGGAAACAUACUCUCCUCUUCCACCCUAUCUAGGCCAUUCAAUAUUUGGUAGGUUCCAAUGAGAUACCCCUUCACUUCUAAUCUCUAGCAAGCACAUGCCCAGAGGCAUCAAAUGCUCCUCAUACCCUUAACCUUUUCAUUCUUGUAAACCUCCUCUGUUUCCUAUCCAAUGGCAGCACAUUGUGUUAUAGAUAUGGGGUACGAAACUACUCACGAUACUCCAAAUAUGGUUUGAACUCAAAUAAAGCCUCAGCACCCCAAGUAACCUGCUUUUAUAACUUAAUCUUCUCAAAAUGAAUUUCAGCAUUGCAUGUGCCUUCCUUACAAUGAACUCAACCUACAAGUUAACCUUUGGAAAAUCCUGCAAUAGGUCUCCCAAGACCCUUUGCAACUCCAAUUUCUGAAUUCAAUCCCCAUUUAGAUAAGUCUCUGCCUUUAAUCAAUCCACCGGAGUACAUGACCAUACACUUCUCUACACUAUAUUCCAUCUUCCACUUAUUUGCCCAUUCUCCCAAUCUUUUCAAGUCAUUUUGCAGACUUCCUGCUUCCUCAACUACCUGCCCCUCCUCCUAAGUUUGUAUUAUCCACAAACUUGGCCACAAAGCUACCAAUUCCAUCAUGCAGAACAUUAACAUAUAAUGUAAGAAGUAGGUGGGCCACAAAACUGUUUAGGUAUCUAUAUUUACAAUACUCUGAGCAGGUCAGUACUUUAUUACUCCAGUAGUAAAUGGAUCAACAUAUAAACUUUAAGCACUUCAACCAGAGUGUUAAGGUGUGUUCUGGAGUUAUGGAGUAUAGAAAAUAUUAACUUCAACAGCAACCAGACCAGAUCUGAAUGUGGAUUGUAGAUUGAAUUUAAAAUGCAGCUCAGAACCAUGGUCAUCUUGGAGCUGCGGACUGUGGUCGACUGCAAACCAGGAUACACCCCAUUGACCUGAACUGUCUGCAUAUGCAUGAAGGCAGCUCAGAGACAGCGGUGAUUAACAUUCAAUUUAGGGUGUCUGGAGUGUAGGUGUGAAGACCUAGGUGUUUGAAAAUCAUAUGUAACUCAACUGAAGCAUUAUGAAUACAUUGUAAAUAUAGAAUUGUCCUGCUGUUACCUUUAAUCUUUAGCAUCUAAAAAUGUCAUGUAAUGUUGAAUCAGGGAGCCUCUCUCCAGAGUGACUCCAAAUACUGUCAGCUUGUGUGUACUGAAUAAAUACUUUUAUACUACCUGCUACAUGUCUCUCCAGUGAC